GCUGCUGUUCCGCUUGUCGUUGAAGCAGCGUCUUGCGCUCGCGCUCUGUUUUCCUCCUUCACGUCGCUCAGAGAGGAGAGAAUUACACACCGUAGAGCGCAGGAUCACACCGGGGGCCGCCGCCGCCGCCGCCGCCGGGCCUGACUGGGGCUUAUAGAGAGAGAGAGAGAGAGAGACGCCCGUGUGUUUACAGGAGCUGGAUGUGCAGCGACAGCUGAGCCUGACUCCUGACCCGAGUGUCGGCUGUGUGUGUGUGUGUGUGAGAGAGAGAGAGAGUGUGUGUGAUGCGGAUUUCAUCAGUAAGGGCCGAGAUCCGCUGAGAUGGAAUGGUGCAGGAAAGUCCUGAGAGAUUUCGCGGCCUGAGCACAAACUACACCAUGGAGAUCCAUCCGCUAUGCACUAAGCUUUGCCAUCAUAAAGCUGUGGAGCUGAAGGAUGACGUGUGUGAAAAGCAGAGCGCGGUCACUAUUAACCCUCGGCACAUGAAGAAAGCGUUCAGGAUCAUGAACGAGUUGCGCAGUCAGAGCGUUUUGUGCGACGUGACCAUCGUAGCGGAGGACGUCGAGAUUGCUGCACACCGAGUGGUCCUGGCUGCCGGGAGCCCGUAUUUCCAUGCCAUGUUUACAGGUGAGAUGAGCGAAAGCAGACAGAAGAAGGUGCGGAUAAAGGAGAUAGACGGGUGGACGCUGGGGAUACUGAUCGAUUACGUUUACACUGCCGAGAUACAGGUCACAGAAGAAAACGUGCAGGUGCUGCUCCCAGCCGCAGGACUCCUCCAGCUCCAGGAGGUGAAGAGGGCAUGCUGCGAGUUCCUCUCCACUCAGCUCCAUCCCACGAACUGCCUAGGAAUCCGCGCCUUCGCCGACCUGCACGCUUGCUCUGACCUUCUGAACCUGGCCAACACGUUUGCAGGUAGGUGUAGAGUCAGUGUGUGUGUUUGUGUGUGUGUACGCCUGAGUGUACAUCUCUGUAUAGUAAGGAAUAAUACAUAUCAUGCAUGCAGUGUAUACAGUUCUGGUGAUUUAUUUCCCUUUAUGUUGAUACACACAGAACAGCACUUCCCAGAGGUGAUGCAGUGUGAGGAGUUCCUUAACCUGGGCAUGGAGCAAGUGUGCAGCCUCAUCGCUAGUGACAAACUCACUAUACCAUCAGAGGAGAAGGUGUUCGAGGCGGUCAUCGCGUGGGUCAAACACGACAAGGACGUGCGCCAGGAGCAUAUGUCUCAUCUGAUGGAGCAUGUACGCCUGCCUCUCCUCUCCAGAGAGUACCUCGUUCAGAGGGUGGAGGAAGAAACACUGGUGAAAAACAGCAGCGCUUGUAAAGACUACCUGAUUGAGGCCAUGAAGUAUCACCUGCUACCGGCCGAGCAACGCUCUUUGAUGAAGACCAUCCGCACUAGGGUGCGCACACCAGUCAGCUACCCGAAGGUUAUGGUGGUUGUUGGGGGCCAAGCACCGAAAGCGAUUCGUAGUGUGGAAUGUUACGACUUUGAAGAGGAGAGAUGGUUCCAGGUGGCUGAACUGCCCUCGAGACGAUGUCGAGCAGGCGUAGUGUACAUGAGUGGCAUGGUGUACGCCGUCGGUGGCUUCAACGGCUCCCUGCGCGUGAGAACGGUCGACGCGUACGACCCUGUGAAAGACGAGUGGUGCUGCGUGAGCAGUAUGCAGGACCGGAGGUCCACUCUAGGUGCCUCUGUUCUCAACGGACUGCUUUACGCAGUGGGUGGUUUUGAUGGCAGCACAGGUCUGGCUACUGUUGAGGCGUACAACUCAAAGACCAACGAAUGGUUCCACAUAUCUCCCAUGAACACUCGGCGCAGCAGUGUGGGAGUGGGCGUGGUCGGAGGUAUACUGUAUGCGGUUGGUGGGUAUGACGGAGCGACACGUCAGUGUUUGAGCACCGUGGAGGCGUAUAACCCGAACACCAAUGAGUGGUCAUAUAUAGCAGAGAUGGGCACGCGGCGCAGUGGAGCAGGGGUGGGUGUGCUAAAAGGUCUGCUGUACGCGGUGGGCGGGCACGACGGCCCAUUAGUCAGGAAGAGCUGCGAGGUUUAUGACCCCGUCUCCAGCACCUGGAAACAAGUGGCCGAUAUGAACAUGUGUCGCCGGAACGCGGGAGUGUGUGCCGUCAACAAUCUGCUGUACGUGAUCGGGGGUGACGAUGGCUCCUGUAACCUGGCGUCGGUGGAGUUUUAUAAUCCCACUACGGAUAAGUGGACCAUACUGCCAAGCUGCAUGAGCACCGGGCGCAGCUACGCAGGUGUGACGAUCAUUGAUAAACCUCUUUGAGCUGUUGAAGAGUUGAAACUCUGUUGACAUGGAAGCUGAUAAAAUAAGCUGAUGUGGUGCUGAAGGUUUGGCUCACACUGAAGAUGAGGCUGAAGCUUCCUCCUGAAGCUGCUUCAUGAUUAAGAAGGCCUGGACAACGCUGCUCUCUCUCUCUCUCUCUCUCUCUCUCUCUCUCUUCCCCCUUCUGUGUCUCUGUAUUUCUGUUUUUCUCUAUAUUACUCAGUCCCCCUUUACCUUUCUCACUUUAUUUCCUUUUAUCUCUCUCAGACUUUCUCAGUUUCUUGCAUUCUUUUUGCCUAUUCCUCUCUUCAUAAAUGCUUAUAUAUUUCCCUCUAUAUCUAUUUCUCUGUCUUCUUUUUUCUAUCUCUCUAUCAAUGUCCUGUCCCUUUGACAUAAAUCAUUCCUCAUGCAUUUUUUCUCCUAUCCAUGUUUUUCUUCUUAUUCUCUCUCUCUUUCUCUCUGUUUUUGUCUUCUUCCUUUCAUUUGAGAGUAGUUACAGUAUGAUGAAGAUUUUUUGCACUUUUACAGUGAAGUACUAACCAAGCUUUGAUGGUUCAAGCUCUAAUGUACCUGAAAGGACGCCUCUGAAAACACUAACGUUACCAUUGCGGCGUCUUGUCCGUAGGGUUUGGUAGUGAAUCCGUAGACCCGAAGGAACCACUUAGACCAUCGUGGAUGUAUUUGACCCGGGCAGGGACUCGGUAAAAAAACGGACCAGCACUUUCUCUCUCUGAAUCUCUGAAAGUCACUGCGCUGAAGAGAUGAGUUUAUGAAGAAGGACAGACAGACUAACAGACUCGAUACUUGCUGUUAUUUGAUUUUUCACAUCAGGAAUGAGAGCUGCUAAUCUACAAGCAACAGCUGUACCGAGUGAACGUUAAACAGGAGACUUGCAUUUGCAUUUCUCGAGGUUUUUUUUGCCAAAUCGAUUUCUGAAAGAAAAAAAAAAAGUCUUAACGCUGAUAAUUUUUCCCAUGUCUUUUAACUGCGAUCCGGCUGGGUGUGAAUAUCAGUACUGGAUGUGUAUCCGUGAUGCGCUGCUGUGCUGCUGCGCUGCUGCGUGUGUCUGAGCAUGUGUAAUGUUUCAGGACUGCUGCUGGCUGCUCGGCUGCGGAAGUGCUUCUGCAUGGAUCUUGGUUUUUGUGUUUGCGUGAGUGCGUGCGCGUGUGUGAGUACUGUUUUUAAACUAAUGCUGUCAUCUGUUCAGUGAUGAUUGGGAUACUGCAUCGCUCUGCCAACUGCUGAACACUGACAAAUGUGUGCAACUGUUCUUUCUUUCCUUCCUUCCUUUCCUUUCCUUUCUUUUUAUCUUCUGUAUCUUUUCUAAUCUAAGUUCUGUACUCUCUAGUAUUUCUGUUUAUGUAUGAUUUAAUUAUUGUAUUCAAUAUUAAAACUAGGUGUUGGUCAAACGGAAUGCAGCACAUUUGAACCAUUUCAUAUUGUGUUUUAUAUAAUGAAUAAUAAACAUGCUUCUUGUAUU